AUGGCUGGAACUCAAACUGACGAGCAUGUGUCACUGAAACUUGUAGUGAACGCAGAGACAAACAAAGUGUAUUUCGCUGAAGCUGGAAAGGACUUCGUGGAUGUCCUAUUUAGCUUCAUGACACUGCCUUUAGGAACCAUUGCUAGACUCAUAGACAAAGACUCCAAAAUGGGACCAAUCACACUUGGUUCUCUGAACUCACUCUAUCAUAGCGUGGCACAUCUUGACACACAAUACAAAGAAAUGUUAUUGCAACCAAGUAACUCCGCCGAGGAUUUUUGCAACACUCUUAAGCUUAACAUUGAUGACACCGAACCCAAAAAGUACUUCAUGUGUACUGCUGCAUGCUACAGGAGUUUGCUUAACGAUUAUUGCAACACUCUUAGGAACUGUAACUGUGGACGUCUCCUGACCCAUGAAGUUUUCUUGAAGCAUUUCAGCAAUGGAUUUGUCAAAGAUGGAACUUUUAUCAUCACCGAUGAUCUCAUUGUCAUGCCCAACUCCGUGGACUAUGCAACCUUUUCCUUGUUCCAGAAUUUGGGAAUAAGAAAUCCAAGUUCAGUGAAGGAAAUGACUAUAAAUGUCACUAAGGAAAAGGUACUGGAUUUGCUGAAGUGUUCACUUCUUUCCAAAUCAUGUUUGACAGAUUUGCUUUUAGAAAAGAAACCAACCUUUCAAAGUUCAACGUUUUUAUCAUCCCGUAUUGAAAACGAUAGUGGCAUCAAAUUCAAAUUGAAGCUUGUUAUAAGAAAAUCAAAUGGAAAAAUUUUGUAUGCUCAGGGGGAAAAAGAUUUUGCAGACAUGCUUCUAAGUUUUCUGACCUUUCCUAUGGGAGGAGUUGUUGGUAAGUUAGGAGGAAACAGUUCAGUUGGCAGCAUUGAUGGAUUAUACAAGAGCAUAGCUGAUAUCAAUGAAAACGUAUACUUCAUGUCAAAACCAGCGAAGAACAGGCUUGUUGAUCCCUGCUUGCUCCCGCACUUCAAAUUAAGCAUUAAGAUAUUGCCAAUUCCCCAUCCAAGUAUUUUCCGAUAUUAUCGCUAUUAUGAAUUCAUUAACGGCAUAUGUCGAGUUAUGAUUUUGAAAGAUGGUGAACAUGCGAAUAGUGAUGGAGAAUUACCAGAAAUAGAACUAUUGUAUCCCGAAACACCUAUAGCAAAAGCAGAAGGUUUUGUCAAAGGCCCCGCAAUGUACGUGGCUACGGAUAAUUUGGUUGUAGCACCUUUUUCUCCAAUUUCAGCUUUAAAUUUUCUCAACCGUUUGAGUAUUCCUUUCAACGAUCUGAAGGAAAAGGAUGUUACCAUUGGUCUCAAGGAGUGUCUCAACAUACUGAAGGCAUCUCUGACAACAACAUCAGCGUUGACGAAUGGUCUUCGUCACUUGUUAACUGAAGUUAAGGAGGAGAAAUGA